UACAAAGACUACAACCUGCAUCACUUUCCCAAAUCCGAUAGAAAGGAAAAAAAAAAAAUUGAAUUCUCUGAUGGCAACGGCGAGCGCCGGCGGCGACGUGGAAGCGGGUUUCGCGAAGCUUCAGGGAGAGGACUUCGAGUACUACAUGCAGACCUACUCCAUCGUCCUCGGCCGCAACUCCAAGAAAUCCACCGUCGACGUCGACCUCUCCAGCCUCGGCGGCGGCAUGAACAUCUCCCGCCACCACGCCCGCAUCUUCUACGACUUCGCCCGCCGCCGAUUCGCCCUCGAGGUUCUCGGCAAGAACGGCUGCCUCGUCGAGGGCGUCCUUCACCUCCCCGGAAACCCUCCUGUCAAGCUCGAUUCCCAGGACCUCCUCCAGAUCGGGGAUAAGGAGUUUUACUUCCUCCUCCCCGUCCGCAGCAUCCUCGGCGGCAGCGGCGGCGGCUCCCUUGCGGCUCCGCGUCACUACCCCCAUCAGCCACUUGCGCCGCAUUACAACUUCCACCUCCCCGCCGGCGCCGGUGCCAUGGUUAAGAAAGGGAGGAGGGAUUAUUUCGAUGAGGAGUAUGAUAAUGAGGAUGAUGUUGGUAGUGCUGGUGGUGGGAGUAGUGGGAAGAAGAUCAGGAGGGAGGCUUUUGAAGGUUAUGGGUAUGUUGGUGGAGUUGGUUCUGCAGGCAAGACUUCUCUUCCUGGAUCUCUAGAUAAGAAGCCAGAAAGCAGAUCCCGAGCAGAUCGAGAUGCUGAUAAUCUUCAGCUUCAGCAGUUGGAAGAAAAGGAUGUAGUAUCAUCUGUAGCUACCGUCCUUUCUGAUCUUUGUGGUCCUGGAGAGUGGAUGCCUAUGGAGAAGCUUCAUGCUGAGUUGGUGGAGCAAUACAGCAGUGUUUGGCAUCACAGUAGGGUAAGGAGAUAUCUCACAUCAGAGGAUUGGCCUGGUCCUGAAUCCAAAGGGAAGCCGUGGUAUGGCUUACUUAUGCUAUUAAGGAAGUACCCUGAGCAUUUUGUCAUCAACACAAGGUCCAAGGGCCGUGUCACCCUGGAGUUUGUUUCUCUUGUCUCUCUUCUCUCAUGAACUAUCAUUAGUGAUAUAUUCUGACAGUGAUUUGUGUAGUAACAUGUUUUAACAGAAUUCUGAUAUCUGGUAAAGCACCAAACCUGUAUAAAAUUUUCCCUUUUUUUUCUUUGGGUAGAGACACUUUUGUUGCUUUUGUUAUUGGGUCCUCAAGGGUGCUUUAAACCCCUCAAACUUCUAAUGAUCACAUGAGAAUUCUUUA